GCCCGGUAGACACCCCCCCUCACUGCGCGCCUCCGCGGCCGCUUCUUCGCUGAGUUGCUCCUCCGCUCCCACUUCCCCUUUCUCCCACCUUUCCCGGCACCGCGGGAAAAGCAGUGCAGGGCGCAGCAGGCAAGGGAAGGCAGCCGGAGCCGGGGCACGGAAGCCUCCCAGUCAAUUCAAGACCCGACAUGAGGGAAAAGGGCCGUAGGAAGAAGGGCAGGACCUGGGCGGAGGCCGCCAAGACGGUCUUAGAAAAAUACCCCAAUACACCCAUGAGUCAUAAAGAAAUUCUUCAAGUUAUUCAGAGAGAAGGACUAAAGGAAAUCAGAAGCGGGACUUCCCCUCUUGCAUGCUUAAAUGCAAUGCUGCACACAAACUCCCGAGGUGAAGAGGGCAUCUUCUAUAAAGUCCCAGGUAGAAUGGGAGUGUAUACUUUGAAGAAAGAUGUGCCAGAUGGAGUGAAAGAGCUGUCAGAAGGUUCAGAAGAAAGCAGUGAUGGUCAGUCAGAUUCUCAGAGCUCUGAGAACAGCAGCAGCAGUGAUGGUGGCAGCAACAAAGAGGGGAGAAAGAGCAGGUGGAAGAGGAAAGUAUCAUCUAGACUGUCACAGCCAUCCUCUCCCCAGUCAGGCUGCCCAUCACCCACCAUUCCAGCAAGUAAAGUCAUUUCUCCGUCACAGAAGCACAGCAAAAAGGCAUUGAAGCAGGCCCUAAAACAGCAACAACAGAAGAAGCAGCAGCAGCAGCAGCAAUGCAGGGCAAGCAUGUCCAUCUCCAAUCAACACCUCUCUCUCAAGACCGUCAAAGCAGCCAGUGACACUCUACCUGCCAAACCUGCGCUAUGGGAAGGAAAGCAAUCUGAUGGACAGUCGAGCAGUCCCCAGAACUCAAACUCCAACUUUUCUUCUUCAGUGAAAGUGGACAGUUCUCUUCUAGGCUUGGGGAAGAAGUCUUUUCAGAGAUCUGACAGACUCCACACAAGACAAAUGAAAAGGACUAAAUGUGCUGACAUCGAUGUUGAGACACCCGACUCCAUUCUGGUUAAUACUAAUCUUCGAGCACUUAUUAACAAGCACACCUUUUCAGUUCUCCCUGGAGACUGCCAACAGCGCCUGCUUUUACUGCUUCCAGAGGUGGAUCGACAGGUUGGUCCAGAUGGUUUGAUGAAAUUGAAUGGUUCAGCCCUUAACAAUGAGUUCUUCACUUCUGCAGCUCAAGGCUGGAAGGAAAGGCUCUCAGAAGGUGAAUUUACCCCUGAAAUGCAGGUGAGAAUUCGGCAAGAGAUUGAGAAGGAGAAGAAAGUAGAGCCAUGGAAGGAACAAUUCUUUGAAAGCUACUAUGGUGAGAGUUCUGGGUUAAGCCUUGAAGAUUCACAGAAAUUGACAGCUUCCCCUAGCGAUUCCAAAGUAAAGAAAACCCCAGCUGAGCCACCAAAAUCCAUAUUUCCUUCAGAGUCCUCUCCUGUCAGAAUCAUCCCAGUAGUUCCCCAGUCAGAGUGUAAAGAAGAAGCAGUGCAAAUACCAUCACCAUUCAGAAAAGAAGAAAGCCAAGAUGAGGCACGACCAAACUCUAAAUCCCCAGAACCCGGCCUUGAGUCAGCCAGCAACACAAAUGAGCUUAACACCAUGAAGUCUGUCAAGUGCCCUAAGGAUGAGGGGCUCUUAGAGCAGAAGCCAGUUGUCUGUGCUGAACAAGAGUCUGAGAAAGAAAAUCAUGUCACCACAACUUCUAAUUAUAACAAAAGUGAGAACCAAGAAGUGUCAGCUACAUCCCCAAGCAAAUCUAAAAAUGCUGGGUUAGAAAAACCUGUAACAAAGCUUGAUGCAGAAGCAGGUUCACUGGACCCCGAUGUGAAGAUGCCUCCUGCAACUCUUACUGAUCAGAUCCCAGAAAGUCUCAAAAGGAAAUCAUCUCUUAUCCAAGAAGAGACCACUAGCAGCUGGGAGAAAAGACCACGUAUCACUGAGAAUCACCAGCACCAGCAGCCAUUUCAGGUCUCACAACAGCCCUUUCUUAAUAGAGGGGACAGGGUCCAAGUGCGAAAAGUACCACCUCUCAAGAUCCCAGUCUCCAGAAUCUCCCCGAUGCUGUUUUCUACAUCGCAGGUCUCUCCCAGGGCUCGUUUUCCAAUCUCCAUCACUAGUCCUUACAGAACAGGAGCCAGAACUCUGGCAGACAUCAAAGCAAAAGCCCAGUUGGUCAAAGCACAAAGGGCAGCAGCCGCAGCAGCCGCUGCAGCUGCUGCAGCCGCCUCAGUUGGAGGGACCAUCCCAGGACCUGGCCCUGGGGGUGGACACAGUCCACAAGAGGGUGGAGAGAGAAAAACUGCUAGAGGAGGGAGUCCAUGCUCAGACAGAGCCAGUACAACUGGAAAGGGUCCCACACUGGAACUGGCAGGAACUGGAAGCAGGGGAGGUACGAGAGAGCUUUUACCCUGUGGCCCCCAACUUGAGACCAAUACACCAAGCCAAGCACAGCCUCCUGGUGUCUUUGGAGCACAACUACAGCAAAACUCCUCCGUGCCUACAGCACUUGCCAUCAGUGGAACAUGCACAAACACCCCAUUACCAGCCCACCUAGAGAAAUCAAACAGUGAAAAACUGAACUCCCCUAAGGCAACAUCCACAGUACCCUCUCCUUGCCACUCUCAAGACCCAAGUAGUUGCAGACAGGAGAAAGCUUCUUGUCCAGAAGGACCUGCUCUGAUCUCAAGAGCUUCACCUGUUUGUUUUAUAGUUGAUGGCACAGUUGAGCCCAAAGCAGGCUCUAAUAAGAAUGCACCAAAGCCUUCAGCCUCAGCAAAGGUAGCUGCUUCUGCUCGACUGGAUAUGACUCCCCACCCUGUAACAUCCUUAUUGACAACGGCCAGUUUAGAAAAACUCUCUGUGCCCCAGGUCAGUGGAACUGCACUAUCUACUGGAUCAGCUUCAUCCUCAAGCACUUUGCCAGCAGCUUCUAGCCUUAAAACCCCAGGAACUUCUGCAUAUAUAAAUGGACCCAUUUCAAGACCAAGUUCUAGUAUCCCUGCUAAUAACCCUUUAGUUACUCAGCUGCUCCAGGGCAAAGAUGUUCCCAUGGAGCAAAUUCUGCCUAAACCUCUCACCAAAGUUGAAAUGAAAACAGUCCCACUGACUACAAAAGAGGAGAAGGGGAUAGGAGCAUUCCCUGGUACCAAUGUAAUGGAAAGUAACACCAGAGAGGAAGUUAAUGGCAGGCAGGCCUAUUUGGCCAUCCAGCAGUUGUGGAAACCCUUUCAGAGUAAGCAGCUUUCCCAGGUCCCAAGGCCAGUCUUCGAAGCUAAGGACCUGAGGGACUCUUGCAUUGACACUCACCAAUACCCAGAAGGACUAAGUAAAACAGCUCAAGAUCAGCUUUUUCAGACCUUUAUCCAGGGGUCUCAGAGGCUUUCAUUUGUGCCACCCUCUCAGUUUGACUUUGCUCACUCAGGUUUCCAGUUGGAAGAAGUAGCCACAAGCCAGAAAUUCAUGUUGGGCUGUCCUGGCAGAAGGACAUCCAAGCCUGCAAUGGCGGGUCACUAUUUACUUAAUAUUUCUACCUAUGGCAGGGGUUCAGAGAGCGUUAGGAGGACCCAUUCUGUAAAUCUUGAGGAACGAUUUUGUCUAAGUAGCCCCACUGAAGAUGUGAAAAUGGGAUAUGCAGAUUGUAAAAACACAACUGGAGACAGCAGCAGCAGCAAAGAAGAUGAAACUGAUGAAGAGAAUGUGAGUGAUGAGCAGAAGCCUGUGUCAGUGAAGGAGGAGCCCUGGGAUGCUCAAAGCUCUGGCAAGCAUCCCCACAGUGGGGAAACUGUGUCCUCCGGUGAUUGUUUAGCUAGCAAGAAUGGUAAAGCUGAGGCACCAACGAGUGAGCAAAUCACUUUAGGCAAGGAGAAUUACAUAUUCUCUAGAGGCCAAACAUUUGAUGAAAAGACCCUAGCCAGAGAUUUUAUUCAGGCAGCACAUAAACAAAUGGCUCAUGCUGUGAGAGCUAAGACAGUAUGUAGCAGCCCCGAGCUUUUCAAUUCUACUGCUCUUUCUCUCCCUGCAGACAGUCCCACGCAUCAGCCUCUGCUCCUUCCACCACUGCAAACCCCCAAAUUGUAUGGAAGCCCCACACAGAUAGGGCCAAGUUAUAGAGGCAUGAUCAAUGUCUCCACCUCAUCAGACAUGGACCAUAGCUCUGCUGUACCAGGUAGCCAGGUAUCUAGCAAUGUAGGGGAUGUAAUGUCAUUUUCAGUGACUGUCACUACCAUCCCUGCUAGCCAAGCUAUGAAUCCCAGCAGCCAUGGCCAGACAAUUCCUGUUCAGGCCUUUCCUGAUGAGAACAGCAUCGAGGACGCGCCCUCAAAAUGUUACUGCCGGUUGAAAGCCAUGAUCAUGUGCAAAGGAUGUGGAGCUUUCUGUCACGAUGAUUGCAUUGGCCCCUCCAAACUGUGUGUCUCCUGCCUCGUCGUUCGGUAAUAAGACUACAACGUAUGUAAAGGAGGGAAGGGUAGGUGUAACCAGAUGUGUUCUUGCACCCUUUUGAAAUCACAGAAAUAAAGUUUCAGUUGUCUCAAGAGACGUUAAUCAGGAAUGCAGAAUGCAGGUCUUCAUAUUUACAGGAAGCGCACCUUGUAUAGUAAGUCUGAGUCAAGUAGGACUAUGAAUUGGUGACAAGUUUGCACUUAAAAAUCAUGUAAAUAUGUCACAUUUUGUUUUAACAUUGUUUUCCAAGUAUUUAGGUAAUGAUGUGUUAACUUUACAUUCAGAUUUAUGUUCCAUUUCUUUUGGCUCUGAAAUAGUUGUGUGGUAUGCAUGAUGAAAGGAAGCUGUCUGCCUCUGACCUUUCCCAGGCUCAGGAAAGGGAAAAAGUGGUCAGGAAGUGAGUGACCAUCAUGCUGAUUAUGUCCUCACAGGCUGGCUGCAGGUCCUUCACAGAUAGCAUGCCUUUGUGGGAUUUAGAUUUGGGGUUUACUCAUUCCUUUGCUUUAGGCGGAACCAUUCUAAGAGGAAUUUUUAAAAAGAUAUUCACAUCCCAGACGGUGUUUUUGAUCCUGACAGUCCUGACUUAGCUUUUGGCUUCCAUGAAUCAGUACUGUUGUCAAGCCGAGCUCUGCUGUUGCCUUGACAGUGGAUGCUAUUUAAGAAGGGUCUGCCUCUAAAGGACUCCUGUAGUCAUUCUAGUCUGUGCAUUCUAGUUCCAGCAAUAAUACAUCCUGACACUGCAUCAUUCAUGGGCUCCCACAAACAUGUCUGAACUACAAGUGUAAAAUAAAAUGCACAAACACAGUGGUGUGUGUGUGUGUGUGUGUGUGUGUGUGUGUGAGAGGGAGAGGGAGAGGGAGAGAGGAAGAGAGAAGUUUGUCUUGUUGGCAAAGGGGAAUGAAACUGAAGAAGUUUAACUGAAACUUAGCUUGAGGAAUUUGGAAGAGUGAUUUUAACACUGGACACAAAGUAUUUUCUUUUCCUAUUCUCUCUCAAACCAUUUCAGGUAGAAAUGCUCUUUAGUGGGACCUCUUUUCUGCUUUGACAUCCAGGCAUGAGAGAUGGAUGCAGUGAUCUUAUGCCAUCCUACAUGUUUACAUCCACACACGGAGAAAGAAGACAGUUUGCUGUUUUAGAAGUGAGUCUGCUACUCUAGAAUUUCUGCUGUCUGGAGAGCCAUGAUGCCUGAUGUGAAAGGGCAUUAUGAGUGACUAAUCGAAUAGCUGGCUGUGAAAUUUUACAGUUUUUCUUUCCUUUUGAUUAUUAUUCUUAAAAUUCUUCUCCCAAUACUCUGGAGGCAGAUGCAGGCUGAUCUCUAAGUUCCAAGGCCAGCUUGGUCUUUGUGAUGAGUUUCAGGACAGCCAGGGUAUAUAAAGAAACAGUGUCUCCAAAAACCUAGAUAAAUUUUAAAAAAGUCUGUUUAAAAACAAAACAAAAAAAAAAACCUUCUGUAGUUGAUGGACAUGGUGACUCACACUUUUAAUUGCAGUACUUGGGAGGCAGAGUCAGGCAGAUCUCAGAGAGUUCAAGGCUAGUCUGGUCUACAUAGCAAGUUCCAGGGCACACAGUGAGACACUGUCUUUAAAACAAUACAAAGAACUAGAGACAAACUUUAAGCAAAUACUACUUAAGUCACAGUUAAAGACAGUUAAGGAAAACAGUUCACCAGAAUUUAGUAUCAAAUACUCAAGUGUGUUUUGUUUGAUUUCAAGUCUCCUAAUCUGAAGUGUGUGAUGUAAUAUUGCAGCCCAGUACAGUUUAGUUUCAAAAGCUACUCAUAAAACUCAGGACAGUUCAACCCUGUUAAUUACAUCACAGGUAAGGAGACAAUACUUUGUUUUGUCUGCCUUGUGCUCAUCCCUGGGCAUCCAGCUUCUUGCAUCACACACAUGUGCUUCCUCAGUCCUUGCUCCAAACUCUGAAACUCAUGUUUCAUUUUUCUUUCCUGCUCUUGUGGCCCUAAACAAUAACAGGCUCAAAUUCUGUGUUCCAGAACCAGUCAAGACAGUAAGAUGUCUUUCCAUCUUACCUUUAUUCCAGUAAAUUUACAGCUAAGAGAAAGAAAGGCUGCAAGGAUUUAGGGUUAAGGACUGUGUAUGUUCUGAAGUGAAGGACCAGUAGGAAAUAGAAGCCAGGGUUCUGCUCCCAAACCUUCAGGACCUUGGGUAGUCCCCAUGGGACCUUAGAAGACCCACAUCUGAGUAGUCUCCUUGUCUAGCCUGCUGGAAGAGGGUGAGUGAUGCAGAAUGGACCUGUUGCUGACUGUCAGUGACUAGUUUGUAUUGGGGAAAGUAAUUUUUCUACUUUCUACCUUGCUUACUAGAAAGGUUUUCUCCAUGGUUUUGUUAAUGUGAGAAUGGUUGGAUAUUAGGGACUGUCUGGUCCAUUUAAAAAGGAAACCAGCUAAUUUGCAUUCUUCUAUUCCAAAAGCAGAACUUGCCAGCUAGGCACACUGCCUCAGGCUUGACAAGAAACAAAUUAAGUAUGAAUCUAUUUAAAUGGUUUGUUUUAAAACAUGGUUUCAGAUAGAAGAGGAACGUUCAUCUUAUAAAUGAACAGAAAAAAAUUUCUGUGGCCCUUUAAGUUGAAUUUGGUACUCUAGUACCUGUUAACACACUUUUUAGCUAUUUUACCUUUAAAUUAACUCUGAAAUGGUUCAGUAAGUGUUAAGUUUAUUCUUUGGGCUCUAGGUGGCAAUUUCCAGUGAGCUUUAAAUAUCAUUCCUGAUCCACAUGCCAGUGUGUCCCCUCCAGCCUUCACUGAAGUCACUUCUGCAAGAAGUUCUCUGGGAGAAUAUUUGUGAUAUGUCAUCUCAGGGUAAUUCUCAAGUGUUCUGAGUUGCCUAAAUAGAACACUCCCUGAAUUAUAAAGGAUUUUUUUAAAUCAGAAUUCUUUAUCCUAUUAGUUAGGGAGGGGGCACAAAUAACCCGGAGUUGUUUGCCCUGCUUCAGUUCCUUAAUCCCUGUGCCCAAGACACAGGGUUCUAUGUAGCAUUUCUUAAGAGUAAGAGCUGGCAAAUGAGGAGCUUUUCUUGGGCGUGGCAAGGCUGCACUUCCCUGGGUAUAAAGAUGUGGAUAUUUGAGAGCCUGUCUCAAAUGUAGAUUAACAGCCAAAGGACGACCUCACUGUCUUCCAGGUGAAGGUGCGAUGUCCUGCACGGAACAGGCCCAUCAGUUACCAUUCUAAUUGCUCCAUACUGCCUUCCUCCACUUUAGAAAAUCUUAAUGAGCUCUUUGGUUAAAUGGUUCAUUAGAAUGAGAGACUUCCUCUGGUCAUUAUACUGCUAUUUGUUUUAGAGCUCAUUGCUAAUGAGCAGUGUCAGUUGUUUUCUCUCUGACUUCACAUCAUAACAAGAAGGAAGCUUCCCAUUGCAUCACAACAGUAUGUGCUAAGUGGAAAGCUUGGCCAUGGGUAGUUUGUAGCUCAAUUUAUAGAACAGUCCAAAGAGACUUUGCAAAAACAUGAUGACAGGCAGGGACCUUUUCCUAUGUGUUUCAAUACCUACAUACCUAUUGAACAAAACAGUAGGUAAACAUUUCCUAAAGUUGAAGCAAUAGCUUCAUAGAGUCUUGGUUACUUUAUUUUUUUUAAUGCUUUACAUUUGAUACAACUAUUAAAGAUCAAUUUUAAAAUAACUUUCCAGUAAUAUAUUUUAAGUAAUAUAUAUUUUAAUAUCUAUGUAAAAAGUGACAGUGGAAGACGGAAUUUCUCAUAUGUGGUAUGUUUAAUGUAGGAUCUCACUGUUAAGGCACAAAUUAUUUCAAAGGAGUUACUCUAAAAACACUCAGAUUAUUUCCCCCCCCCAAAAAAAAGAAAAGAAAAAUGCAAUAAGGGGAAUGAUUUGGGGGCUUUAUUUUUUAUUUUAAAAGAAAAUAGACUUAUUUACCACAAGCUAUUUUUCCCUCUCUGAUGAUAAGGUUUGUACAGACUGGUUUGGUAAAUUCCAAAUUUUUGUGUCAUUUGCCUUUUUAAAGGAAUUGUUAACAUUGGAAUUGAGGGUAUGUACAGAGAAGUUGGUGUCGACGCCAUUUAAUAAGUCAUAUUUUUUCACAAAUAAGGAAAAAUCAUUUUAAUAAGAAUUUUAAGUAUUUGCAAUAAAUAUAUGUAUAUAGAUUGUAUGUAUUCAUAUAUUAUUUUUCAUUUUAUUAUUAAGUAAAAGAUAAUUAAAAGUGAAAUUUAAAACCUUGUAGUUUUUUGGUGAAUCUUGAGAUCUGACAUCUGGAUGUGACAUGGGGAAGGGCCCUCAAAUAGUUGCCUUAAACAGUUAUGGUAAGGUCACCACAGACUGGGAAAGAGGAACUGAGGAACUUGACAGUAAGUCAGGAUAGUGUAUCUCAGAACUUAAGUAAAAAUAUUAAAACUUCAUGGCUUAUCUAUCUUGUGUUUUCACCCUCAUCUGUUCUUUCUCCUAACCACGUACUAUCCCUGGAAGGGUGAGAAAAGCAGUAGUCUCUUGUAGAGUACCUGUGGUUUCUUCUAACACCAAGGGAGCUAAAGAGAUGUUGGGGGAAACAGGCUUUUUUUGUAUAGCAAUUGAUGCUUUGUUAGAUAUUGCUCCCACUACAUACCAAGCCCUGGGGCUGUUGAAGAACUGGCCUCUUAAAGAUAAAAAAGGCUUGUUUUCUGUUGCUCAGUCAUUCUCCAAGGUGAGUUUCAUAGCCAAAUUCAUGGCCUGCUUGACUGAUGUAGGCAGGUCAAAAGCUUCAUUCUGUGUCAGAGGAACAUCUGUGCUUGAUUAGGUUCUGUUUUCAUGUAAUUGUGAGGAUGGCUUGUAUCAAGAAGAGCAUUUAGGGAAGUGAGUAGUGGCAGAAUAUUUGAAUUUAAUUAUCUUUGGUAUCACACCUGGAUUACUGUUUUGGUGUUUCCCUGUGAUACAAGCUCUAGGGAGUAGAGCAAGGCUCAUCUGGAGAUUUCCUGGCCAAUUAAGCACCAGGUUCAGUGAGAAAAACCCUGUCUCAAAAAUAAGGUGGAGAAUCGAACUCUACAUGUGUCCAUGCAGGCAAGUAUGCUUGAAUACACUUGUGUGCACAAACAAAGGAAAUUUUGUUAACUCAGGGAACAUGUAUCUGUGUCAUAAAAGCAAUGAAGGUGAGAUAUUUACAUGUAUUGUGGCCAUUAAAAUAAUUCCCAUUUUUAUAGUGGUGCAUAUUGAGCUCAGUCCCAUAGUCAUGUGAUAUGGGACUCCAUUUACUUCCAGAGUCUUGAAAACCUAUGUUCAUUGCAUUUUACAUUACUUUAUCUCAAUUGCUUUUCAGUCACAUUGGACACUUCUCAGCUUUUAUAUACAAAUCCUGUUACUUAAGUAUUUAUUGGGUGCUUAUGUGCUCAGUGUGGCCAAAGUGCUCAAUAUACAAGGAUAAGAAAAAAUUCACCUAAACAGUUCUUCCUAAAAUUGCAACCCUGCAGCACUGGCUGUAGAUUUUAGUAUUCAAUUAAUCAAUGCUGUGUUUCCCAAAAGAAGUAUAAGUGAAUUGUAAAUUAGAAACUUUGAUCACUGAACAAAGCAGUAGUGACAUGAAAAAAAGGCACUGCCACUGGGCCCCGUAAGGGGCCACAUUAAUAAGAUGUACCUUUUGGGAUCCUUGGAGUAUAGAGAGGCAGGUUAAAUAAACAGCUGGGGCACACACAGCUUUAGGGAAGUUUUAAAUGUUGAGUUUCAUAUUCCUGCUGAGAAGAAACCGAGUCCCUUCAUUUGAAUUCUUGUGUCCUUGUUUUUUUCUCCAUGAUGGAUGGAUAGGAUCACUUUAAUAAGCAAUCUCAAUAUUGUAGAAUUGCCCUUAAGCUGCAGGAUAAAAAUGCACUUCAAUCUCUUUUCCUUAGGUCCCAGUCCUAAUUCUCUAGGACUUUCUGGGAGGUAAAAAGUCAUGGUCAGAACUUGCUCUUGAAUUUUCCUUACCUCUUUUCUUUAACAAGAUGUUUGGGUUCACAACCUGAUUUCUGUAUGCCAAAAAUAAUCUGUAUCCACGCUUCAAAGGGAGGCUCAGUGUAUUUCACCAAGCUCUGUCCAGGACACUUGCUGCCCUUGGGACAUCUCACAGAAGGAGUGAGUGAGUAUUUCCCUAUACAGUAGUUUCACCCUUCCCCCUAAGACUCCCCUGGGGAGUUCCCAGAAGGCUUUUAGAACAAGAAAAAGGAACCCUGAAAAGGCCAGAUGGUCAGUUGUGGAGGCUGACUGUGACUAGAUAGUGGCUUCUCCCCAGCUCAGUCUCGUUUCCCUUGUUCUCGACACUCAAAGAAUCUGAGGGGUAGAAAUAAAAAUCAAAAGCUUGAUUUUCAUCUUCAUUGCAAAACUUAAAGGAUCUCUUGGGGAGAAGAAGGAUAAACCCAAGAUGGGGUUUUUUAAUGGACUCCGGUAAAAUUUCAGUUGAGUGCCUUAAGUCCUUUUAAAAGAUCACAGGUUCAUUAACAUGAGUCACCAUGAGUGUUGCAUGGAAGUUGAUUUGGGACAUGGACUAAAAUAAUAGUUUUCUGUGAAUAAUGGCAGCUUUUGCCACAAGUCAGGGCUUUGGGCUAUGUGUCUGUAUCUGAACUUCAUGAACCCUGUAUUAGUCCAACUGAAGCCAACACUCAGUUUUAUUAAGUUUAAUCAAGAUUCUUCUGAAGAUGUUAGGAUUUAUUUCACACAUAGCCUAGAUCCUUCACAUGGAAUGUGUACGAUAUAAAAUUACUUUAAAAACCAAAGUUUCAUUUUUUCAGAAGACCUAUAGUUUAGGACUGAAAUUGGAGUUUCCCCUUCAAGUUAGCAAUUCUUUUCCAGUCAGGUUUUCAGGGAGUAUUAACAUUUGAAGACUUCAGUAGUGACCCUGCUAAGCCCUGUAUGUCAUCACUUUAACAUCUAAAAUGGAGUUCUGCCAGAGUUCUGAUCCAUCACCAGUGGUCAGGGGAGGGGAGGAGGGUGUGGUCCCAUGCCUGAAGUUCCCAGCAGUUGGCAGGUGAAGGCUGCAAGAUGAGUCCAAGAUCAUCAACUAUGACAAGUUCAGGACCAGACUGGGCUACUUGAUACCCUUUCUCAAGAGGAAAUGUCCUGGGCUGGGAAUAUGAUGCUUAAUCAAACUGUUCUUGGAAAAAUGCAUGACAAUUCUUGAACACAUGAAAGAGCUAGAGUACACAACAAAUGAAUCUCUACAAGUUAGAAAGCAUCCUAUAGCCGUAAGUACUUUAAUGUGUUCUCAGAACUCCUAACUGGGUGAAUUUCUACAGCACACUUUUCACCAGCAGCAGGAGAGUCAGAACAGAAGAGAUGGGCUUAGCAUUACUUGUUGACUGAAAUCUUUGUGCAUGUAGGCCUCAGUGCUUUGAUACACACUAUGCCUUUCAACUCCACACUAUUGUCCGUUCCUUUCACUUUCUACUCUUUUAUUGGUACUACAGAAGCUGUUCUUGAAUGUAUGAUAUGGUUCUGUCUUAAUGACUUGUUGAAUAAAGGCAUAGAGUUUUA